AUGAAUAGGCUAGAAUCUAAGACACUUUUAUUGAAAACGCUGGAUAGCCAAUCCGCAUUUCAUUGUAAAGUGGUUCGACUAGAAGUUUCCUCUUUAUAUUCGUCUUCAUCACUUAGAAUUCCAAAGGUAUGUACAGUCGAGAGAUUGCCUAUGCUAUGUAGGACGUUAAAAAUGAUAUCUCAGAUGGCAUCGUCGUCUCACACUAGCGCAACCAACGAAGACGUCAAAACACCGAUUGGGUGUAAUUUGCCUGAGGUGCAUGAAAUAAAAGAGAAGAGAGUGGGAAAAUCUGACGAGCCAUACGCUGUAAAAACUCCUUCAGGGUGGACGUUGUUUGGACCUUACAAUGAGACCACGAGAUGUAUAGGUAUCAUAAAUUAUCUAUCGUCUAAAGAUGAACUAGAAGCAAGAUUAGAUCAGUUAUAUAAGAUGGGCUUUGAAGAAAACCCAAAUCACCGUGUGCUCAUGUCGGUUGAAGAUCGUAAAACCUUGGAUGCUAUCUCCAAAUCUAUACAGUUAGUGAACGGGCAUUACCAAAUAGCUUUACCCUGGCGUCACCAACAAAUCCUACCUAAUAAUAGAAAACUAGCGAUAAGUAGAUUAAAUUCCUUGAGAAACCGGCUCAUCCGUGGCCAGAGGUUGCAUAAGGAAUAUUUUAAUGUGAUGGCACAGUAUGUUGAACGGGGUUACGCCGAGAAUACUAUAGAGUACUCCAUUAGGUGUAGGAAAAAACCUAAUAAGCUAAGAAUCGUAUUCAACUGUGCAGCACAAUACACCGGGACGUCCCUGAAUAAAAACGUGUAUUCUGGUUCAGAUUUAGUUAACAAUCUGGAAGAUGUGUUCAUAAGAUUUCGGCGUGACCAGUAG